UUGACUCAUACUGAUGCUCAAUGAUGGCGGAUAGUGCGAGUGAGAGCGACACGGACGGAGCCACCCCUCAGUGCUCCUCAUCCUCGUCCUCCUCCAUCCUCAUCUCUUCGUUCCGUCUAGAGGAGUUGUCGAACCGCCUGGCUUCUUUACAGCAGGAGAAUAAAGUGCUGAAGAUCGAACUCGAGACGUUUAAACUGAAGUGUAAAGCACUGCAGGAGGAGAAUAGAGACUUGCGCAAAGCCAGUGUCACCAUACAAGCGAGAGCAGAACAAGAAGAAGAGUUCAUCAGUAACACCCUGUUCAAGAAGAUUCAGGCCCUGCAGAAAGAGAAAGAAACAUUAGCGGUCAACUAUGAGAAGGAAGAGGAGUUUCUCACCAAUGAGCUAUCUCGCAAACUUAUGCAAUUGCAACAUGAGAAAGCCGAACUGGAGCAGCACUUAGAGCAGGAGCAGGAGUUUCAGGUCAACAAACUGAUGAAGAAGAUCAAGAAGCUGGAGAACGACACAAUCUCUAAACAGCUCACCUUAGAACAGCUUAGACGUGAAAAGAUCGACUUGGAAAACACUUUAGAGCAAGAACAAGAAGCUCUUGUGAAUCGGCUAUGGAAACGCAUGGACAAACUGGAAGCAGAAAAAAGGAUUCUUCAGGAGAAGCUUGACCAGCCUGUCUCUGCGCCGCCGUCCCCAAGAGACAUCUCCAUGGAGAUCGACUCACCUGAGAAUAUGAUGCGACACAUCCGAUUUCUCAAGAGUGAGGUGGAGAGGCUGAAGAAGAACCUCCGCACUGCAGACCUACAGCAUACAGAGAAGAGGGCUCAGUACAUAGAAGAAGAGCGUCACAUGCGGGAGGAGAACAUCCGCCUGCAGAGGAAGCUCCAGAGGGAGGUGGAGCGUAGGGAGGCAUUGUGCCGGCAGCUCUCUGAGAGCGAGUCCAGCUUGGAGAUGGACGAUGAGAGGUACUUCAAUGAGAUGUCCGCUCAAGGACUACGUCCCCGUACUGUAUCCAGCCCCAUUCCCUACAGCCCAUCCCCAUCCUCCAGCAGACCCAUCUCACCAGGGUUGUCAUAUGCAAGUCACACAGUGGGCUUCACCCCGCCAACUACACUGACCAGAGCAGGCAUGUCCUACUACAAUACACCCGGCCUGCACGUCCACGUAGGAGCCUCACACGGCAUUGCAAGACCCUCCCCAAGAAGAAGCAACAGUCCAGACAAAUUCAAGCGGCCCACACCCCCUCCUUCCCCCAACACGCAGGCUGGCGUCCAGCCCCCGCCUCCCCCUCCACCCGCCUUGCAUCCGACAUCAUCCCAGGCAGCUCCACUGCAGCAACAGCAGCCGCAGCAGCAGUCCUUGCAGCCAUAGAUCAAUGAGCCAUCGGAGGGACUCGAAACAGAGCUGCUUCACUGUAACAUCCCUCAAGCCAAAGGCUUAACAAUCCCCAGUGUCUUCAUCCUCUCGCACUGAAACCAUUCAUCUGUCUUGUGUUCAUAGUUGUGUGUAUGGAAGCGUUUAUCGUGUCCACUUAAGAUGGAGUGUGAGAUGAAGGCACUGAACAUCUAUUCAGUGUAUAGCACAGAUUUAGCAAGUACUUACUGCUUUGGCAUCGGCGUGUGUCAAGCGAUCUCUAGGAGGUUGCUUCGUCUUAUACGGACAAAAAAUACUAUUAUGGAAAUGAUGUGGUCAUAUAUUUUUCAUAGUUUAAUAUUUUUCCAGUGUUCAGACCCUUUAAAAGUGUCAAGCAGAGUGGACCAGCAGGACAUUACAGAAAGCCACAGCUGUGCUCCUGUGCUCUAGAUGGAAUCGUGGUCAAAGCAGCUAAUGGACUUUUAAGGAUAAAACUGUGGCUCUGUAACCAAUUCUUGGUUAAUAAUUCAUAGUCAAGUGUCUCCGAAAGUGAUAAAAACAAAUGAAUCAUCCUGCUUAUGCAGCAAUAUGCUUUUGGGAAUUACCCCAUAAACGCAUUCAGAAAGCAAGAUAGCAAAAUACUUUCCAUUUGCGAUGAGUCUCCCAAAGAACUGUCCAGGUCAUAGUUAAUCCUAAAAUCUGAAAAAAAAAAAAAAAAAAAUUACAAUUAUUUCACACCAAAUUCCUAUUACUAUAAUACAAAAAGUCCAAUUUGUCAUGAAAAUAACUAUGAAGGGAAAAAAACAAAACAAAACAUAUAUAUAUAUAUAUAUAUAUAUAUAUAAAGCCUCCAUUUAUUUGAUUUAAAGUAUAGCAAAAACAGUAAAAUUUCACGUUUUCUGUUUAAAAUAACUGUUUUCUAUUUGAAUAUAUUUUAAAAUGUAAUUUAUUCCUGUGAUCAAAGUUAAAUUUUCAGCAUCAUUACUCCAGUCUUCAGUGUCACAUGAUCCUUCAGACAUUCUAAUAUUCUUGCUGUUCAAGAAACAUUUAUUAUUAUUAUUAUUAAUAUUAAUAUUAUUAUUAUUAUCAAUAUUUAAAGCAGUCAAGUACAUUUUUUAGAAUUCUUUGUUGAAUAGAAAAAAACAAAGAUCAGCUGGAAAUAAGCUUUUGUAACAUUAUACACUAUACCAUUCAAGAGCUUGGAGGUCGAAUAAUUUAUUUACUUGGGGGAAAAAAAUAUAGAAAUUAAAACUUUUAUUUAGCAAGAAUGCUUUAAAUUGAUCAGAAGUGAUGAUAAAGACGUUUAUAAUGUUAGUGGUUUCUCUUUCAGAUAAAUGCUGUUCUUCUGAACUUUCUAUUCAUCAAAGAAACUUGAAAAACAUUCUACCCAGCUGUUUUCAACAUAAUAAUAAUAAUAACAAUAAUAAUAAAUGUUUUUGAGCAGCAAAUCAGAAUAUUAGAAUGAUUUCUGAAGGAUCAUGUGACUAGAGUAAUGAUGUUAAAAAACAGCUUUGAAAUCACAGGAAUAAAUUACAUUUUAAAAUAUAUUAAAAUAGAAAACAGUUAUAUUAAAUGGUAAAAAAUAUUUCACAAUUUUACUGUUUGUGCUGUACUUUGGAUCAAAUAAAUGCAGGCUUCGUGAGCAGAAGAGAUUUAAAAAAAAAAAUAUUUACAAAUGUAUUUAGAUUUAGGAGCAAUACAUUUAUUUUUACAUUGUGGCAUCAUUUUAAUGGCAAGCACAUUUUCCUCACAGAUUUACUGUAAUGGAAAAAAUUAUUUGUGCAAAAAAAGAGUUGCUGAUUUUUUUGUUUUGUUUUUGAAUCGAUUUUGAAGUGAAAUAUGACCUGGACAGUACGCAACACCCUAGUAAGUGACUCACAUGAGAACGCUCUGCGGUAGAUGACUUGUUGUUUUGCUCUGCUGUGGAUGCGAUACAUUGUUGGCAUCUGCCAGACUUUAAUCUUCCAGGUGGGUUCUAAAAGUUUUUUUUAUAUUCGAGCAAGACACUUUAAAUGGUGUACAUUAGAAAAGACUAGUAUGUGUAGGGGGUUUGUCUAAUUUCUCAUUUCAAACACAGUGAUAAACAGAUGUCUGGUACCACUGUUCAUUUUUUUUUUUGUUUUGUUUUUUUUCUUUUCCCCUGAAUAUACUGAGUUAUAAAAGUGAGUUUGAAUAACUGUGCAAGGAAGUGAGUUAAACCAUGUGUAAAUAGACUUUUGUAUUCUUUGGAGGUACUUUUUAAAAGCGUUUCCUCCACUAGUGUGUGUUUGUGCACUUAGACCUUCCUGUCAUUGGUGAGCUUUAGUUUUCAACCAUUGUCAGGAUUCUCUCAAGAGUUACCAAAUAAAUCGCAAAUUGAGUUGGUGCAGCUGAACAUGCCGAAUGAGAAAACGAGGAAGCGCUUCACAUUUACUGUGAACAGCCCUCAUUUAAUGCGGAUCAAAGCAAACCAAUGAUUCAUUUCCUGGUACUAACCAGCUAAGUCAGUUUGCGAUAGGCCAGGUGGACGCUAGGCCAUGAACAACCUGUCACAAAAACAUCACUGUGUUUUGCUGCAGCAGUGCUUUUCAUAUAUAUAGUACAGGGUGUGUCUGUAAAGUCUUUUCAUCUUUUAUUCUUUACCGUGUAUUCUUUGAGAGCACAAUUCAUUAGAUUAAGCAGAAGAACCAGGAAUAUAUUUACCGUUUCACUAUUGUUUACCUUUUGACUGUCGUCAUUGUAAAUAUUCAUGUCUUUGUAUAGAAACUGAAUACUUUGUUUUAAAAUUACACGUUCCUGCCGAUUUCAGUUUUACCAGAGCUACGUUUUGUCCUUUCCCGCUCCACCCAGCUUUUAUUUUUGAGACUGUUGACGAAUGAAUGUAUCGUUUGCUUAUUUUACUGCUAUCAUAAAUAGAUGGGACAC